GACAACUUGGGACAGUUCAACCACAUCCUCAACUCGAGUAAUCACCUGCUCACGCACACAAUGUCCCGCAAGGGCGUCGGCCUAGCGGCCUUCGAUCGCUCGCGCCUGACCUCGGCGCAGUACGCAAGCCACGGCUCGACGCUGCGCUCCACCAAUGCGCAGGCGCUGGAGACGCAGCUUGCCGUGUUCCGCUCGCUGCUCCAGCAAUUCGCCCAGACGCACGCGAAGGAUAUACGCUCGAACCCGACCUUCCGCGCCCAGUUUGCGCGCAUGUGCGCCGCCAUCGGCGUCGACCCGCUCGCGAGCAGUAGCAGCAACCAGUCGAGCGGCGGGGGCUCGAUCUGGGCGCAGCUGCUGGGCAGGUCGGUCAACGACUUCUACUUUGAGCUGGCCGUGCGGGUUGUCGAGGUCUGUAGCGAGACGAGGGGCGAGAACGGCGGGCUAAUUGAGCUGAGGAAGGCGAGGGAGCGGAUCACGAGGGGUCGCAUGGAGGGUGCGCCCGAGAUCACCGAGGACGAUAUCCUCCGGGCCGUGGGCACACUUAAACCGCUUGGCUCUGCCUAUUCUAUCAUCAAGGUCGGUAGCAAGCCCUAUAUCCGCUCGGUGCCCAAGGAGCUCAAUACAGACCAGAGCGCCGUGCUCGAGGCGGCGCAGGUGCUCGGUUACGUUAGCGUGUCGAUGUUGAUGGCUAAUUUGAACUGGAUGCGCGCGCGGGCCGAGACGGUGCUUGAGGACCUCGUCGGCGAGGGUAUGCUGUGGGUAGAUAAGCAGAGCGCCGAGUGGGAGUACUGGAGCCCUAGCUUUAUGCUUGGAAAUCAGGACUUCCCGCGGACGUUGGGUUGAGAAGCGGUAUAGGUAACCGAUCAUUGUCAUGCAGCUACACCACGCCGAUGGGUAGUCGGCCAGAAGCCGCCUGGCCCAGCCGGUUCAGUGUCUUAUUAUCACCGACCAAGGGUGGUAGUCUUAAGCCGGCCAUAUAGAUACGAGAGAGAAGAAGUGAACGGCGUGAGGAGAGUCACUGGAGUGUCUUCUCAUGCAUAGACCAGCUUAGGAUGUGCGCAUAUUUCUGUUUUCAGGCAGUCCACCACGCAUUAGCUAGGCUAGACCGUUCCAAAUACCGUUCAAGUGUUGUCAUGGAACUCUGAGGUGGAAAUAAG